UGACCUGGCGUGGGUAAUGUCUCGGGGGUCGUGGUUGGUUUAGGAGUUGUUCAGCAGCGGGUGGUGCUGCUGUGGAAGAGCCGCGUGGCUGCGUGCCUGGCCUGGCGUGUCCCCCUGCGGGCAGCCUCGUUAAUGGGCAUGAACAGCUAAAGAGGGGGCUCCUAGAGGACGGAGCCAGGCUCCGCUCGGUGGUGCCAAACAAUAGGACAAAAGGCAGUGGGCAGAAACUGAUGCACAGGAAGUUCCUCUUGGAUAUGAGGAAUAGCUGCUUUACUGUGUGAGUGACCACGGGCUGGAACAGGUUGCCCUGAGAGGGUGAGGAGUGUCCCUCACUGGAUUUACUCCAGAACCAUCCGGACACAAUCCUGUGCCAUGUGCUCUGGGAUGACGCUGCCUGAGCAGGGAGGUUGGAUCAGAUGACCCACUGUGAUCCCUUCCAACCUGUCCCAGGCUGUGAUUCCGUGUGUGGGCAACUGUGCUGGGGAAGUGAGGAGAGUUAUUCAGUCUCUGAAUUAUCAGUGAAAGGGCCUUUCUGUGCCUGAGAUUGGUUAUGGUGAAGCCAUGCUAAAAAAAGAAAAAAUCCUUUUAAGUGUUACAAAUCUAGGUUCUUCAAAGAGAAGAAAUCUAAACCUUCAAAGAGGUUUAGAUUAUUCUUGCAGUAAUGAUGUUAAUGUUGGACACACUGGAAUGUAACUUGGCUCUAUCAGAAGCUGUCAUCAAGUGUUCUGAUUGUGUAAAUCUGGCGUUCAAAUAUUGAUUUACUUGGGGCUCCAGUAAUGUAAGGUAACUGAGGAACUAUCGCUUGAUUUCUCCAAGCUGGACACUAUACUUCUUUGAUUAUUACUUUUGCCAGUAGGUUUAAUGCUGAAAUAUAAAACUAGGAACACCUCUAUAGUAACACUUCUGGACCUUGAUAUUGUUAGCAUAGAUAAAUUUGGUGUAUAAAAAUAUUUCCGGUGUCCAUGCAGCAUUUCCCUGACUUUGGUUGAAAAGGCUCCUACUCAUCAUAUGGUACAGAAAACUUGGUACAGAUCUUGGACAGUACUUGGAGGUUGUUUGACCACAUUUUGAAUUGCAAAAAGUGUUUGAACGCAGCACAUGUCUAAGUAUGCAGUCUGCAAAUAUGCUUCUGAAAAAAAUAGUAAGAAGUUCUGUCCUUCCUGUUGCUGCACAACAUGGGAUGAAAAGGGAUUUGUUUCCACUCAGUAGAACUCUAAGUUUAUCACUUUGUCUUAAGCAGGACAACUCCUGCAAACCCUCAGAAAAACUAGAUUUAGAUGCAUGGAAGAAGGUAAUGAAGUCUGGGCUGCAAGAAGAGGUCAGUGAGACGGUCUCUGAGCCUCAGGAGCUUUCCAGUUUGGCUGGUGCACGUGAGACUUUGGAGAUGUGGAGACUAGCUGGCAAAUUAGUUCCAGAACAUGUCAGUGAAGAACAGCUAAAAACGUUUAUGGAGUGUCCUUCCAAGUCAGCCAAAAAGAAGUAUUUAAAGUAUUUGUAUCUCAAAGAACUUCACAAGAAGAAUGACAAAAGAAAGAUGGAAGAGAAAAGGGAAAGGAGGCUGGAAGCACAAGAGCAAACUUCAAAAACGGAUGAGACUAAAAAGAGUCCAUUUUUAUCUUUGUGGACCAGCACUAUGGAUAAAGCCUACAAUUGGAGGGCUGCUCAGUCCAUGAUCUUUGGCCAGCCUCUGGUGUUUGACAUGUCUUACGAAAAAGACAUGUCUGUCCGAGAAGUUGCAAACACAGUGAAACAGCUGGUCCAGAGCGAAGGCUGCAACCGGAGGGCUGUGGAUCCAUUCCACAUCCACUUCUGUAACUUCAAGGAUGAUAGCCUCUACCAUAGGGAAUUUCUUAAGCAUUAUAAAGAGGCAUGGGGCAGGCUGCUUAUCACUGUGACUGAGCAGUGCUACACAGAAGUCUUUCCGAAGGAUAAGCUCAUCUAUCUGACGGCUGAUUCUCCCAAAGUGAUGAAGACAUUUGAUCACGACAAAAUCUACAUUGUCGGGUCAAUGGUUGACAAGAGCAUAAAAACAGGAGUCUCUUUAGCACGGGCGAAGCGACUGGGAUUGGAGACUGCAGCCCUUCCGCUGGAUAAAUACUUGCUUUGGAAUACUGGGGCCAAAAACCUUACACUGGAUCAAAUGAUGCAAAUUUUAUUAACCUUGAAAGAUACUGCCGACUGGAAGAAGGCUCUGGAGUUUGUUCCGAAAAGGAAAUAUUGUGGCUUUGUAAGCAAGCCUGUAAGCGAACUGAAAAAGACCUUAGACCUGGUGAACACACUUAAACUUGGAAAGAGGCGGGAAGAAGUACAAAAGCAGUUUGCCAAGAACUACCCUAAGAAGUAUAAACUAAAACAAAAGUAGAGUGAUGGGAAAGAGAAGGAUUUUUUUUUUUUAAUGGGCAAACUGUGCCCUUUAAUGUUCCAUUUUUUGGGGACAUUUAAAACUCUCUUCAGCUCUUUAUCUCAAAACAUGUCUUUGUUGCUUAAGUUUGAAAUGACUGCUGUUAGGGUUGCCUUUUUUUUAAAAAUUACUGUAGUAGUCCAGCUGUUUAAAUUUAUUCACAUAUUACUGAAAUUAUGUAAGAUAAAUGAGAUAUGUUCUAAAAAAAUUACUCUGCACAAAGAAUAUCAGUCUGUUCUGUUGAACCAUGCUGGGACAAGGGUGAUUGUAACUGAAUGUAAAGGUCAUUCUUUGGAGAACACUCCCCUGCUUUGGGUUUGCAGUGGUUGGAGGCUGUCUAUAGUUUUAUGCUGUAAGACUACUAAUAUGAAGUAGAAGAGACCUCCCCAUUACCUCCUGGAUCCUCUUUUGGUGUGCAGAUGCAUUGACUUUUGGUUGAUGAACUAAAAACAAAUGUCUAAAACCUUGCUUGAGUCUGGGGAGCUGCACAA